AUGUCAAGCACCGAACUUGAUUCGGGCAAUCCGGCACUUGAUCCUGUCGAGGAGCUCAGAGGGUCUUUGGCGAAUCUUUAUGAAAAUGCGGAAUAUUCGGAUCUCACAAUUGCCAGCCUCGACACUGAGUAUCGCGUUCACAAAGCCAUUGUGUGCCCUAGAUCUGACUACUUUGCUGCCAAGAUUCGAGACCCAAAGUCCAAGGCUGCCAUAGAAGGCUUCCUAAGCCUGCCAGAUGAUGAUCCCCAGGCUGUUGGAAUGGUUAUUCGGUAUUUCUACCAUCUAGACUAUCCAGCUGGGUCUCACCAAAACGGGCAUGCGCAAGUGAACGGUCACGCCAAUGACCACACGAAUUCUAGUCAUGACGAUGAAUUCAAUGGCUCUAUCAAGUCGGAAGAUCAGACACAUGACAGAGACACCAAAUCAGGAGAGCACAGCGAGCCGCUGGACGAUUUUCUUCCACCACAGCCCCAGCGACUCAGCAAGAAGAAGCAGAAGAAACGUGGCAAAGCUCAUGCCAAGCAAGAAAACGGCACCAAUGGGUCUUCUGACCCCCAAGGCGAAGCUCUGUCAUCGCCCGCCACCCAAGAGAUGCCUACUUUGAACCAGACCCAGGAAAAUCACAGCGAAGGAGGAGGUGCUGUUUUGGACGUCAAUGCACCGCCCAGUCUUCAAAUGGAGAAUGGUAAUCCUGCCGGUUCGGGCAACAAAAACCUCGUAUUACACGCAAACGUAUAUGCGCUCUCGAGAAAGUACGGUAUCUCAGGACUACGAUCAUUAGCUUUUGACAAGUUUCAGACAGAAGCCGACAACCAAUGGGACACGGAGGAGUUUCUCCACGCAGCAGAGAAGGUGUACACAUCUUGCUCGGAUGGUGACGAUGAUCGAAAGAUGAAGGAUGUUGUUGUUGGAAUGAUUUGCAGUCACGGUGAGCUGAUGGAUAAGGUUGAGACGCAGAAAGUCAUGCGAACUCUUCCAAAGGACUUGAUGUAUGACAUCCUGCUGCAGGUAAGACAACAGGGAGGGUUUACUAGAUAA